AUGAAGGUAGCUGCGGUUGGAACCCUUCCCGAAGACCUCAUUGAUGCCAUUCGGGGCGGCGCGGUCGAACUCCACUGGGAAGGUGACAGCGUUGUUGUUUUCCACGAUGACAUCAACUGCUGCAGCUGGAGGUGUGAGUUGGAUGCAAAGCCGGAUGGAAAAGAGCUUCAACCGGUGUCGUUUCGUCACCAGAGGACGGGCGAGGGUGGGUCCGCUUGUGUUCCGCGCAUCGGUAGGAUUACCCGCAGUGAAGUGCAUCGGGUGAAGGACCUUGCGGAUACCACAGUUGAGGAGAACGCCCCCGCUCCAGUUCAAUCGGAUGGUUCAUUAAAUCCUCCAAUCAUGAACGUUACGGAGGUACUGACCAAGUACCGACCCUUGGUUGUGAGGAUCGUACACUAUCUCGCCCCGCUCCCACGUGAAAGUGGUGAGCUUAUGCGGUUUUUCUCCUCGGAGGAUGGUAAAGUCUUGAAGGCUGUUCUGAACGCCUUCACCACGAUGAACGGCCGCGGACAGUACGAGCUCACCGCAGCAGGUUACGAAUUAGUGGACGUGGAGAGUUAUGACUCCAAAGCUGUUAAGCAGCAGGUGGCCGAUCGAGCCCUUCAGAAGAUUGCUCAUAAUAAGGUACUUGUGGAUCGCUUUUCUUUGUACGCGGACCGCGACGUUUUGCUUGCGGCGUGCUCGAAAGGUAUUAUGGCUGGAUUAGGAAGCUCAAGGAGUAAACGUGGUCGCGAUGAUGUGGAUGACAACAGUGGCAGUGACGACGACGAAGAUAAAGGGAACGGUGCGGAGCCCAGUGCUUCGGGUUUCAAGUCCUCUGCACAAAAUGCUGUGAGUAUUGCCGCAAAGGGCGACGUUGUCAUGUUUACUUCAAUGAGUCAGAGCUACAUUCGAUGGAACGAUGCUGACCUCACGAAGGAACCGUGGGAGAUGCCGUCGGCGGCGGCGGAGGCGCUUAAGCAACUGCAAGACGCCGCAAAGAAUGCGAGGGCGUCAGCAGGCAAAAGCUUGCCCCCAAUGUCGAUUAUGAGCCCUGAACAACUUUCCACAGCCCAAGAGCGUUAUGGGAUUCUCCGGAGUGAGUACACGAAAAUUCACGACCGUCUAAAGCGGUUGGAGGAAGUAAGUGAGGAAGUGCGGGGGUGGAGUCAGACUCAAGGGGACCGCUUUACGAGGGAGCUGAACGAAGAACUACGUAAUUGGUUCGAAAGGCAGGAGGCCCCUCGCCUGAAGCUUGUCACAGCUAUGGAUGCGGUUCAUGAGGCGCUCUAUCGUUUGAAGCGGGACAUUGAGGAUUAUGUCAACCUCCGUCAGUGGGGGGUUAUGAUGUGA